CUGAAAAUCAGACGGUCUGCACUGGGAGGAAUAAUGCAGGAUGAUCUACCUCCAUGGCAAUCCACUGCUUGUCUAACAGAACGGAAGUUACUAGAACACGCAGACUUUAUUGGUGUAAAAUACCGCCCCAUGUACGUGUGUAAGUCAAAACGGGGAAUGAGACCAAAGGAGGCUUAUAAACUACCACACAGACUGAUCGAGAAGAAGAGACGGGAUAGGAUUAACGAAUGCAUUGCGCAGCUUAAAGACCUGCUGCCUGAGCACCUGAAACUGACGACUCUGGGGCAUCUGGAGAAAGCUGUGGUACUGGAAUUAACCCUGAAACAUUUAAAGGCAUUGACAACUUUAACAGAGCAACAGCAUCAGAAGAUAACUGCUUUGCAAAGUGGGGACUGUGCCCUGAAAGAUGCCAGGUACUCGGAUCUGGAUGCCUUCCAUUCGGGAUUUCAGACGUGUGCCAGGGAAGUGCUGCAGCACCUGACCAGGUUCGAAAGCUGGACUCCAAAGGAGCAGCGGUGUGCCCAGCUGAUUGGCCACUUGCACCAAGCCGUCACCCAGCUCCGAGCCAAUGGUGAGAGGCAGGCCUCUGGUGUGGGGCAAGUUGGUGCCCAGGUGGCGGCGGCCGCACCAGGUCAGGCUCACUCCGGUGACAACUGCGUCCCAGUCAUCCAGAGGACACAAGUGGUGGAGCACACCGGGAGUGACACAGAUACUGACAGUGGUUAUGGAGGCGAAGGGGAGCGGGGCGAGGGGAAGAAUGAGAAAGAGUUCACUCCGUGUGACGGCUCCACAUGGACAUGUGACAUUAAACAGGAGCCCGAUGACUCGCCGGCUAAAAGGGUCAAAGUUGAUCUGGCGGGUCAUGUGACCAGCUGUGAGGAAGGCCACGAGCCUGCUACCCAUCCCAUGAUGGGGAUUGGCAUGAUGCCCACACUUGGCCAGCAACCCCCUUUCUGUGUGCCCUUCUAUCUCAUUAACCCCUCGGCAGCUGCUCCAUACGUGUCCCUCCUGGACAGGGCUAACCUGGAGAGGUGCUGGCACCCAGCUCCCAUUCCGGUUCUUUACCCUGGCAUUCCCACCAUCUCGGCCUUGGCACCUGACAGACUACUCUGCCAGGACCCCUCCCCAGGCUCCGGCCCAGGUUUGGUGCUCCGCAUGUGUGAGUCUGAGGCAGCUGGACCCCUCCGAGGGGCCGAAGUAGCUUUGAGCCCAGAUCUGGAGCCCCUGGGGUCACCAGACAGCAAGUCCUGAAGCAGUCACCGCAUUCCCAUUGCCAGCUAUACACCCCUCCACCUUCACUCCCCAUGUACCAAACUGUGGAACCAGGCAGCAAUUCUCCACAGAGUCCUAGAGAUGGAAGCAAGUGAGGUCCAAAACUAAAUUAACCCCAUGCAGAACAUACAGUUUGAGGCUACAUAUGUUAGCAAUCUCUGUUCGGAAGGUGGUCAAAGAUCAACUCAGACCCUUCUAAGCUGCCAGUCUCACGGAAUCAUACAGUACAGAAGAGGCCUUUUGGCCCAUUAAGUCUAUACUGCCAAAACAACAGUACCAGUUCCAUUUUCCCCAAUAGAGUCAAGUACUCAUUUUGAAUUGGGUGUAAACUGUCAGUUGCGCGGAGUGAUUUUCCGGCUGCCACUUUGCAGACUAACCCCAUCCACCUUCCAGCACUUGGGUUAAUUUCCACAUGUGAAAACGUUGGGAAAAGAAAUCAUAUUUUUCUACAGCUCUCUCUUUAAUUAGCUUGAGUUUGAUGCCCGCUUAUAGUUAAAGAUUUCACAAUCUGAGUGAAGAUUCUUUAAAAAAAAUCAUGUUCUGCGUUUCCCUCUACCUAUGGUUAGAAUAGGAAGACGGAGUGAGCAGAGGGGAUUUCUCUGAUGCAAACCAUUAAAUCUUCACACUUUUUUUAAAAGUGCAGAUUUUAGAGAGAUCGUUGCCUUGUGCCUGUCAAUUCAAGGCUGACUGCCCAUUCUCAGUCCCACUCUGAAUUACGCAUUAACUCUUGGCCUUUCUCAGAGAUGAAAGUUGCUGGUUUCAUUUAAUGCUGAUUCUCUCCCACAGCCCUUUCUGUGCUCUGCUGUUGGAGAAUUGCAAGUCACAGUUGAGAACUUCAUCACCCAGACUGAGGAGACGGUGGCCUCAGUGAAACCUAUUUUUAGUUGUUGCCAAGGCAACUGAUUUGGUGAUGCUCUGUAGGGUUAUGUAACAGCUGAGAGACAUUCCUGCCUGAGCAUGAUCCAACUCACCCUGGUUACAGUGCUGCUGCUGAAUGCCUAACACGCUGUGUUCAAUAAUAUUGUGAAAUACAUAUAUUGCCUCAAGUAGCUUUUGUUUGUGUACUGUAAAUAGUUUGUGAAUAAUGAUGAAUAUUGUCUGAUAUGCUAUUUUUGUAGGGGUAUAAUGAAAC